AUGCCGCAAACACCCGCCCCCAAAUGGCUUGAACCGCCCGAGCUGCCCAGCAUGACGGGCUUGAACGACACGCGCUGUGUUGCCUUCCCCGGCGCCGAUGUCAACUCCGAGUCGGCCCCACCCAUGUGGAACGAAACGUACAACGCAGCGACCACCAUCGUGUGCACGUCGUACAACCAGGCGUUCACGUAUCCGUGUUGCCAGUGGCUCGGCGGUGAGGCGCGCACCUACUGCGGCCGCACCCAGUGUCUUGUCAACAGCACGCUCAGCAACUGGGUCUCGUGUAUGAACCUCCUCGACGGCGAGCUUGGCGCCGCUAAGCACGGGUCCCACCUCGGCCAGACGUGCACCCCGCAAGGCGUGUCGAGCAAGGAUGCGGCCGCGGCCAAGUCGUCGGCUCGGCGUGCGCGUGUGACGCUCGCGGCGGGCGUGCUGCUUCUGUUCGGCGUCCUGGCUGCUGUCUAG